UUCCGAAGAUUUUAAAAAUCUUAUAGAACCAAUUGACGAGGAUAAGAAUGAGUCUGUUCAAAAUUCUCUUCCGGAAUUACCAAUUGAUGGCUCAAACGAUAUAUCGAAAAAUAGGGAAAUGACUGCAGAACCUGAAAUACACCAAUUGGAUAAUAGUAGAUUUGUGUAUUUAGAUCUGCACAAUUCAGAGGCAAAUCAACAACUAGCAAAAGAGCUGGAAGAAAGUCGCCGUGAACUUGCAAAAGUAAAAGAGACAUUGGAAACAGCCCCUUUAAAAAAAGAAAAGGCUAAUUCGUAUGUCCAGAAUAGCAUCCAGUCCAAGGCUACAGGCUUUUUAAAUCAACAAUCUCAGAUAAAAAUACAAAAGGCUGCAACAGAUUUGGAAUCACUGAAGCGUAUUAGCGCUUGGAAUUUACCCCGUAGCGUUUUACAGGAAUACGAAAAGAAAGGCGUCGUUAAAAUGUUCGACUGGCAAAUCGAGUGUCUAAGCAAUCCCAAGGUUCUAUUCGAGCAUUGUAACCUCGUCUACUCUGCUCCUACAUCAGCUGGCAAAUCUCUAGUGAGCGAAAUUUUAAUAUUAAAAACUGUCCUGGAGCGUGGUAAAAAAGUAUUAUUUAUACUUCCAUUCAUUUCUGUGGUACGCGAAAAAAUGGCAUAUCUUCAAGAUUUGCUAACUGUAGCUGGCUAUCGUGUUGAGGGAUUUUUCGGUGGCUACACACCUCCUGGUGGAUUUGAUAACAUACAUGUCGCCAUAUGUACUAUAGAAAAGGCCAACUCUAUCAUCAAUAAACUUCUAGAGCAUGGCAAAUUGGCUGACAUAGGCACUAUUGUCGUUGAUGAAGUGCAUUUGAUAUCCGAUCCUGGUCGCGGAUACAUACUUGAACUUUUGAUUGCUAAAGUGUUGUACAUGUGCCGCAAGUAUGGAUUGAAGAUGCAAGUGGUAGCUAUGUCAGCGACGUUAGCCAACGUUGAAUUGCUCAAGCGUUGGUUGGAUGCAGAGCUAUUUAUUACAGAUUUUCGCCCCGUCGCACUUCAAGAAUGNACUAAAGAUGAUAUUGCAAACUUCGUAAAAUGUACGCUUCUAAGUGCAGAAAAGCAGCUUAGCGAACAGGGAAAGGACAAUAGUGAAGACGGGGAUAAUCUUUUUAUAACAGAUGCUGUUAAAUUUCUUGUAGAAUACGAGUUUGUACGACUGCAAGUUGAUAGCGAAACGAAUAGAGAAAGUUACGUCGCAACACGUUUGGGCCAAGCGUGUUUGUCUGCAUCCAUGCCGCCCACUGAUGGACUUCUACUUUUCGCUGAGUUGCAGAAGUCACGCCGUUGCUUUGUACUUGAGUCAGAACUGCAUGCUGUGUAUUUGGUGACACCUUACUCGGUAUGCUACCAGCUGCAGGACCUCGAUUGGUUGCUCUUUCUCGACAUGUGGGAAAAAUUGUCGCCAGCUAUGAAAAAAGUCGGUGAACUCGUUGGUGUAAAAGAAUCCUUUUUAGUGCGUGCCAUGCGUGGGCAAACGAAGUUGGACUAUAAACUUAUGCAAAUACAUAAAAGAUUUUACACUGCGUUGGCAUUACAGGAACUGGUCAAUGAAGUACCCAUAAAUGCAGUAGCCGCCAAAUAUAAAUGCACACGCGGCAUGUUGCAAAGCUUACAGCAAAUGUCGUCCACAUUCGCUGGCAUAGUCACCGCAUUUUGUAACACACUGCAAUGGUCUACAUUAUCCUUGGUAGUGUCACAGUUUAAGGAGCGCCUCUUUUUUGGAAUACACCGAGACCUUAUUGAUUUAAUGCGUUUACCGGAUUUAAAUCAUAAACGUGCUCGCGCACUAUUUGACGCCGGUAUAACGACGCUUGUGGAGUUGGCAAAUGCGGACGUUUUCGAUGUGGAAAAGGUGCUAUAUAAUGCUUUGAGCUUCGAUUCAGCCAAGCAACAUGAAAAUGAAGCAGAUUACGAAGCUGAGCAGCGAAAUCAAGUGCGUGACUUUUUCAUAACUGGCAAAAUAGGUUUGACCGUUGCUGAAGGCGCGAAGUUGUUAAUACAAGAAGCACGCAUGUACGUACAGUAUGAAAUAGGUGUAGGCACAAUUAAGUGGACACAAGAAGAUGCACAUGAUACCACUUCUGCAGAUAGUUUUCACAUGUCUUAUGAAGAGCAUAGAAUAGAGCAGGGUAGAAAACGUAAAAGUGAGAAGAGUAACGGCAUUAAAAAGGCUGAGGUAACGCCGCCAAAACAAAAAAGACUGAGCCCUAGCGUCAAGGAGGAUUUAUUGGAAGAGAAACCUUCCACCAGUAAAGAAGCAUUGCGUGUAUUAAGGCAACAGCAAAAGAAGGCGGUAGAUCAAAAUAAGCAAAGGCUUGAAAAUAAUGAAAAACCUGGCGGGGAUCUAAACAUAGCGAAGACUUCUAUAAACGCCAGUAAUAAAGAAAAUGUGGCAGCUAANGUUAAAAAGGCUGAGGUAACGCCGCCAAAACAAAAAAGACUGAGCCCUAGCGUCAAGGAGGAUUUAUUGGAGGAGAAACCUUCCACCAGUAAAGAAGCAUUGUGUGUAUUAAGGCAACAGCAAAAGAAGGCGGCAGAGCAAAAUAAUAAGCAAAGGCUUGAAAAUAAUGAAAAACCUGGCGGGAAUCUAAACAUAGCGAAGACUUCUAUAAACGCCAGUAAUAAAGAAAAUGUGGCAGCUAAAAGUAGUAGUAUCACACCUGAAAACUUAAAACAAACAACUGUUGAAAUGAAUGAGAAUACACAAAAGCAAACUGGGCGAUCCGGAGUAUCGCCUGGUACAAAAACUAGCAAAUUAAAUAAGCUUGUUACUUCGGAGGGGCGUAAAGAAGAGAAAAAUAAAAACACCGAUGCCAAGGUGCCCGCGGAUGGAGGAAAUGCCAAAAUUGUACAAAAUUUCAAAGCAACCCAAGUCGUGGCUAGAAGCAGGGUUUCGGAAAAUAACGCCACAAAUUCGGUAGAAGAGGGAAAAGCCGCGGAAUCAAUGGAAAGAAAGCAAAUUCAAAUGAAGGUCAAUACCGAAACAAAAAAAUAUUCGUUGCGCAAAUCUACCGAGAAUGCCAAACCCCCACAGAUAGCAGUUGCCCAGCCACAUUCCGUGAACCUUCCAUAUAAGACUACGCCAAAUGUCAAUGGUAAGGCGGUUAGACAUACUCCUAAGAGUUUGAAUGAACAGACAACAACCAAAAGUACUCACAAGCAGUCACCUAAGGCGACGCAAGUACUACCGUCCGCUCCACGUCGUAGUCCACGCAACCAUCAACGCACUUUUACUUCUACAAACCCUACUUCUGUGGACGCGAAAAUUGCCAUGCCACAAGCAUCCGCUGCUGCCAAGCACUUUCCAAAUGAAAACUAUAACUUGGACGAAUCGCUUUUCAUGGCCGAUGACUCCUUCGAGUUAAAUACUGGCAUCAAGGCUGCUUUGGAAGUUGGAAAUCAGCUAAAAACUUCGUCUGCAUCCCCAAAGGCUGCUAAAAGCAAUGUUGACGAAAUUCCCGAAUCUCAGCAAAUUGUACAAGCUGUGGCCGAUUCUCCAGCGCCUGCGAAGCACUCGGUUCAUGCAUCACGUCUGCUGCGCACCACUCAACGUCUGAAAGCACAAAAAAGUGGUAUAACAAAAAAAGAACUCACCGCAAGCUCGCCACCGUCCAGUUCAAUAGAGGUUUCUGAAUUGUCACUAGAAAACUCAUUGCUCAAAAAUCCACUGCAAUUGAAUGCUUCACAUAUUUUAAAUUGCUCAAAAGUUGAUACGGCAUCAGCGAAUUUUAAUCGCCUCGAGGUGGUGGAUAUCUCUGGGGACCAGAAACUCUUCCAGGCUGCAUGUCGAGAGCUCAUAGAAGUCAAACGUUUUGGCUUCUGUGUCGGCUUGCAGCAACAAGAAAAUAAACGUAAGCCACUAAUAGGCGGCAAUUUGCUUAUUAACCAAAUGACCGGUGGCGAUGCCGCUGGGAAGGAUGUAGCAGCAAAAGACUUCCAAAUUGACGAUAAUACAUAUCUGGCCGGUUGUGCAUUUGGUGUCACCGAGAAUAUAGUCUAUUAUAUGAAUAUGCAAACCGCAGGCACCUGCAAAAGCGUGACUGCGGAAAUGAAAAUACAAUUUUUGAGGUCACUCUUAGCGGAAAGCGGUAGCACUUUAAUUUGUGUCGAUGCCAAGGAGCAAAUGAAGAUCUUGUGUCGCAUUUUGGGCGAACUCGGUGAGUUGCGCGUUGAUUUGGAGGACCCAAAGGUGGCCAAUUGGCUUCUGCAGCCAGACAAAUUCAUGAGCUUUCAACAAAUAACACAGCAAUUCGCACCAGAAUGCACCGCCCUUACUAGUUUGUGUGGCAAUGGACGUGGUUAUGGUAGCCAUGGAUUGGACACGGCUAGCGCUAUUUUGGCCAAGGUUAGAUGUUCAGUCGAGGCUUGCGUUACUCUGCAUAUACUGAAAGCACAAAUAGAGAAUCUGGAGCGCAUCGGCUCAGGACAACUGUACAAAUUUUUUAAAGAACUUGAAAUGCCUUUACAAACUUCACUUUGCAAUAUGGAAAUGAUUGGGUUCCCAGCGAAUGAAGCAGCUUUGCGCAAACUUUUCCAACAGAUGCUAGAAACGAUGAAAAAGCUCGAAUUGAAAAUCUACGAAAUGCAUGGCGGACGCUUCAAUUUAGGAUCCUCUGCUGCGGUGGCGAAGGUUGUCGGUCUUCAUCGCAAAUCCAGCGGCCGUAUAAGCACUUCACGGCAAAUACUCGAAAAGAUCGAUUCACCAAUUUCUCAAGCCAUCAUUGAAUAUCGCAAAUUAAGCACAACGUUAACAAAAAAUAUACAACCCCUCUUGAAAUGUGUGCAAAAGAAUAGAAUACAUGGUCAGAGCGUCACAUUCACUCAAACUGGACGCAUUUCAAUGAAUGAACCAAAUUUGCAAAAUGUGGCGAAAGACUUUGAAAUCAGUUAUGAAGGUGCCGAAAAAGUGAUAAUAUCUUGUCGCAGCGCAUUUUUUCCUGCAGAAAGUGGUCGAUGCUUGCUUACCUCCGAUUUUUGCCAGCUCGAAAUGCGUAUACUGGCACAUCUUUCACAAGAUUCGGCGUUGCUAAAAGUAAUGAACACCAAUCGGGACAUUUUCACUGCAAUAGCGGCGCGUUGGCAUAAGGUAUCGGAAGCUGAUGUUUCAGAACAAUUGCGUAAUGGAACCAAGCAAAUUUGUUAUGGUAUAGUGUAUGGCAUGGGAAUGCGCAGGUUGGCAGAUUCACUCAAAUGCACGGAACAGGAAGCGAGUUCUCUGUCGCAGCAAUUUCAUUUGGCUUAUCCAGGUAUAAGAGCCUAUGCUGAUAAAAUUGUUAAAUUCGCACGCAACAAUGGUUAUAUAGAGACCAUUACUGGACGACGUCGUUAUCUGGAGCAUAUCAAUAGUGGAGAGGCUCAGCAAAAAAAUCAAGCUGAACGUCAGGCUAUCAAUUCGACUAUUCAGGGCUCUGCUGCGGACAUAGCCAAGAAUGCUAUAUUACGCAUGGAAAAAAAUAUUGAAAAGUUCCGAGACAAGUUGGGCAUUACAAGUGCGAAUGCAGUGCGCUUUGUGUUGCACAUACACGACGAACUGGUGUUCGAAGUGCCCACAGAUAAGGCGAAAAAGGUGGCCAAAAUCUUGAGCCUUACCAUGGAAAACUCUGUUAAACUCAGCGUACCACUUAAAGUCAAACUGAAAAUCGGCCAGAGUUGGGGUGAGCUACAAGAAAUUAAAUCAUAAUUUCUGCAUAGGUGU